AAACGAAUUAACGAGAUAAUUAAUAAUUCCAACAUCCACGGCGCAUUCAUACUCCAUCAUGUCGUUCUCAAAUGCCAAAGUUCUGUCUGUAGAGCCCCUGAAGAACAGCGAUGCGGAGUGGGCCAAACUGGUGAAGCUGACUUACACUGAUUCGAAGAGUCAGACCCGUACUUGGGAAUCGGCCGAGCGUACUACGAGGCCAAAGAAUAGCGACAUCGAUGGCGUGGGAAUUGUAGCCAUCUUAGAGAAACCCACCGGUCCUGAGAUCGUGCUUCAAAAACAGUACCGUGCGCCUAUUGAUAAGGUCACCAUCGAGGUUCCGGCAGGCCUCAUUGAUGAGGGUGAAACUGUCGAGGAAGCUGCCAUUCGAGAGCUGAAGGAAGAAACCGGCUAUGUCGCUAAGCCUUCCGAGACCUCUCCCAUGAUGUUCAAUGACCCGGGCUUCUGUAAUACCAACCUGCGGAUGGUCCACGUUACCGUUGACAUGAGCCUACCUGAGAAUCAGAACCUCCAGCCCGAGCUGGAAGAAGACGAGUUCAUCGAAGUCUUCCUGGUCCCGCUUACCAAGCUGUAUGACGAGUGCAAGAGGUUCGAAGCCGAAGGCUACGCAAUCGACGCACGAGUAGGCACAUUCGCGGAGGGAAUAGAAUGUGCCAAGCAGUUCAAGCUAUAAGCUUAGCAAAUCGCAGAUUUGUAAGCUUCUUCGCCGAUGCAGCGCCCAAAGCAGAGAGAUAGACGUCGGGACGUUUCCUCAUUAUCGUGUUGUUCGCAUAGAUUUCCUGCUGUUCAAUACCCAUUGUGUAGAUUGUGGUCACCCGAGGACUGUACCUCUAGAAUUAGAAGAUGCGGUAUCCUGUUUAGAUAUAUGUUUUACGUUCAGGGCCAUUACCGUGGCAAAU